AUUCACUCCAACAGGAACUUGGGUUGAACUGCUCUGAGUGUGUGUUGUUUGUGAGCGAGUCGCCGAGCUGGGGUUUCAGGGUUUGCGCUGCUGGGUCUCAUGCAUUUUGUGCCUAUUAUCUCGAGAUUUCACUUGCGCUGCCUGAGUUCUCAUCUUUGAGAAGGCCUCUCCUUUUUAAUGCUAUCUCUGCGGAGUGUUUUUGUUUUUCUUUUCACUUCAGUUUUCGUCCGUUUUCUCAUAUCUUUAAUUGGAAAACGGGCAAGAUUGGAAGUUCGGUAGCUUUCCGUGGCUUAAUUGAUUUUAUGGUGUUAAGGAGGGUCCAGUGCAUCAAAUUGUAUCCACACGCUCGGAAUGUUCUAUUGAGAGAACGUAAUCCAGAUUGAGAAUAAUACUUCACAAGCAUCAGUCUUUAUCACUUGGCCACUGCACCUGAAUAGCCAAAGCUUAGUUCUUGCGACACCAUAAUCGAGCGUUAAGCGCACUCGAACACAAGCAUCCGCCGAUGAAGAGUGAACACAACCAAAUCACAACGAAUAGCAUGCAAAUUUACUAGGUGGCACCGACGAAAAUUAAUUUGCCUUCUAUGGACUGGUGCGUCCUGAGUCAAGCUAGAGAGGAAAUAAAGACAAAAACCGUAAUGACUUGUCGUUGGCAGACGAGACACCCAGGGCAAUGCUACAGCAAGAGCAUGCUCUCUUAGCUGCGGUUUCUUGCGCCGAGAGUUAGUGUACACGUUUGUUUGCUUCGUCUUGGAUUAGUGGGGUCAGAGUGCUCAGCAAUCAACAAAGGUGGUCAGUCAUAGCUGUGAUGAUGCUCUCAAAGGGGUGGUGCCAGGAACAUGCGAUAGCACCAGCUUCCAAUCGCGUUUUGGAUGGGUCAAUAUUGGCGACUUCUCUGGCCGCCAUAAUUUCGAGGAAUGUUGCUGAGGAGAUUCAACCCCUCAGCGUAGAGGAGGCAUUGCCCAUUCAUGUUCUGUCGGACAUCAUCAACAAGGUGAAGGAUGCACGGGACCUUGCGAAUUGCAGGGCAACGAGUAAAACUAUGAAAGAAGUUGUGCGGGAAGUUCGCUGUCUCAACCUUGUAUGCCUCAAACGGUACUACGAGCUUGCUCGGAAACGUUAUCCUGUGAGACCCCAAUGUUCAUACUCUGACACAGAGGAUGAAGAUGACAUGAUAGAGUCUGAUUCUGACGAGAGUGAGGAGGAUGAAGAUGAUGACGAUUGCUGUGAGAUGUCUCAAGUGAAUUCAAACCGUGGGUAUCAGAAUGGUUGCUGCGCGAAUUCAUCCUCGUUUUCGAACUCCUCCCUCCAACACACCGAUAAUGUUUCAUUCAAGAACGCAUGUCUGAAAAUGCUCCGGUGUGUGGGCAAGGUUGAGCAGCUCCGAAUUGAAGUCGACCAGGAAAUGCAAGACAAUCCGCUUCUCAAGGAGGAGAUCCACAUGGUUGACUUUUGGUUGAGCGAGCCCAUGUUUGUGCGUAAGUGGGUAUACUCGUGCGGCCACUCACUCCAGCAUUUGACGGUCAUUGAUUACGGCCAGCAAGCGAUCAUGCGACAGUCUCCCAUCCUCAGAAUACUAUCCGAGCAGUGCAAGCAGUUAGUAUCUCUGGAGUUGCGCAACAUGUACCUCGACACGAGCGACCUCGAAGUAAUGCCCAAGAUGAAAAGCCUCACCCUCCGGUGUAUCAAAAUGACCGAGCGAUCGCUCACGGAGAUUAAUGCAUGCAUGCCCGAACUUGUAAUACUAGCGCUCGUGAGCGUCUUUGGCGUCCAAGACGCCCACUUCUCAUCUAAUAAACUUGAGGUCCUGUGCUUGGGCCUAUCCACUAGCGCCAAGGUCGUCGACCUCCAUCUACCCAUCGUCAAGAAGCUCCAGAUUAAAAUGGUAUGCCCGGACGUCCUCCGCGUGCAUGCUCCCAAACUCACCUACGUUGCGGUGUGCAUGGAGAAUCGCGACGGAUCCAUCGUUGAGUUCGACGACGUCACGAACCUCAAGGAACUUCUUUUUGGUGCCAGCCACUUCUCCACUCUCUCCAGGCUCAUUCGUACCAAUUCCGUGCUUGAGAAGGUCUUCCUGGACGUCCCUUGUAUGGCUCUCGGAGGGGAUGGCAAGUGGGAGGGUGUCAUUCCUCAGGUUCCUCUCCAAAUCCCGGACAUCGAAUCCCUCAAAGAACUAUGCCCCUUCCUGCACACUCUCAGUGUUGGUCCAGGUCUUUGGCACUCCAUGGAGCAAUCCUUAGCUACCAACCAGGAGCUCACCACAUUUCGUACGUGGCCUGCCCUCUCAAGACUCAUUGUGCACAUGGUCGCUCUCAGCUUAGAGAGUUGCGUCGCUCUCCUGUUACGGCUCGUCAGCACCGUUCCUUCGCUGCAGCGGCUGGAAAUUUAUGUGCACUUGGACAGCCCAGUCAAGCCCGAUCAGCUGAGGUCGACCUGCCAGGAGCAUCUCGCGCACACGAACUUGCAAUGGGGGACGUGGAGGAGGAGCUUGAAUUUUGCAUGCUUUAGCUUUUGAUGAUUCGGAGGGUCACCAGGAUUACUGCCGUUAAAAUUACUUUGGUGUUCUUGUGAUUGCGUCCACACAUCUUGUAUUAUUUCGACUUUGUAACAAGGAUUUAAAGGGUUCAUUUC